AUGGACACUGAAUAUUUGGGGCGCGGCUUUGACCCUAACAGUAUUAAAGUCGCCCAACUGAGAAGAAUUUUGGUUGAAAAUAAGGUGGAUUUCGCAUCGCAUGCAAAAAAAGCUGAACUGGUACAGCUUUUCGAAGAACAGGUGAAACCAAAGGUUCCAAAGUUGAGGAAGAAGUAUGAAAAUUUGCUGCCCAGCGAUAAAGGCAUUGUAAAGGUUGGAUCCAAGGACAAGAGUAAAGGCAAAAGUAACAGGUCCAAACUAAAGAAGAAAUCGAAGGCUCGUAAAUCCAAGUUAAAGGUUGAGGACGGUGAACGGAACGAGGAGAAUGGAAGUAUGACUCCGACCGGGGAAGAUAUUCAGAGUAGUAAGCAGAGCUCCGUUGAUGCCACGGUCAAAUCUGAGAAGGAAUCGGACGUAGAAAUCACACCAUUUAGUGAGGUAAAUGAGAUGCAGAUGGGUAGCGGACGCAGAGGAAGUGAACUGAAAACAGAGAAUAGAGAUGCGGAUGAACAUAUGGGUGAGGAUAAUGAUUUGAAGAUUGAUGAAGACAAGGAGGAGAGUAGGGAUGUGGCUAUGGAGUCGACUGUUUCAGAAACCGCUACUCCUGUAAAAGAUGAGAUGACAGGAGAUAAUGGAGAGAGCAAAACACGAAAAAGAAGAAGAAGGAUUGGGGAUGGAGAAAACACUCCAAUUACCAAUAAAGUUGCCAGGAAAUCACCUCAAAAAUCACCUCACAGAUCACUGAUUAUUGAUAAAUUUGAAAGCUCUUCAUCUGAUUCUUCCUUCAAUAAUGGUUCGAAAGUAAACAUUUCCAAUGCAGGACCUAUUAUCACCCACGAGGAAAGUACGCCGGAAAAGUUUGUUUCUGAGGGAAGCGAUUUCAGUUACAGAAGGAAAACAGUUUCUCCAGAUCUAAGCAAGUUGAAGAUUAGUGCAGCAUUUGCCGAACAGCUGAAAAGUGCUGUUCAGAAGACUGCUUCAAAUACCCCAUCACGCUCAGAAUCCGAGCAAGAAUAUGGUUCGCGACCAUAUAGCAGUAUUCGAGUGUCACGUCAUAAAGCAUCUUCUCCAGUUCAAAGUGAUGAACUAUUUGCCCCUAUAGCAGCAAGUUCUGAAGAUGACGAAACACAGUCUUCCUCUCAAGAAACAAUCAAAUCUAUCAAUGUUGAAAAAGCUACAUCUGAGGCAGCUACAGACGAUAUACCUAGUGCUCGGCAAAUGCCGGAUAUUCAGUCUCCUAAGUUACCAACUAAGCAGGACGUUGAAGAUAGUGAAGCACGCGUUGAGAAAAUGCAAGAUUUUCUGAAUGACGUUAUAGAUUCACCUGUGGUUGAAGUAGCUGAUGCACGGUUGAGCACAUUUUUGAAAUCUUUUUGCAAAAUUUUCGUGAAAUUUAUGUUUUUCAUUCUUAUAGCAGUGUCGAUCUCCUAUGGCCUGUGGUAUCGCCAACAAAGGAUAUAUGUCGGUUACUGUGGCAAUGAAACGUCUUUAUCAAAAGAUGCAGAAUGUGGUCCUGUUUUGACUACGAUGGACCGCUAUUUGCGAGAUUAUAAGCCCCAAUGCUUGCCAUGCCCUGACAAUGCAAUUUGUUACCCAAAAUUUUCAAUCAAAUGUAAGCCAGAAUACACUAUACAAAAAAACCCUUGGAGUCUACAUGGACUAUUACCAUUAUCUGAUCGAUGUAUCAAGGAUAGCAAAAGAGAAAAAUUAAUUUCAGAAGUUGUUCAAAAAUCUCUGGAAAUUCUGAGGGCAAAAAAUGCACAAGUGUCAUGUGGUGAGUGUCAAAAUGAGGUGGAAAGUGGGAUAAGUGAAAAAGAAUUAUAUGAAAUAUUCAAUGAAUCGCGAGCCCCUUGGGUUAGUGAUCAUGAGUUUGACGAACUAUGGGUUCAAGCUAUUUCGGAUCUCCAGAAAGAACCAGAAAUAACAUGGAGGCAAGUGAGUAUCAUUUUAGGAAGCAAUCAAUCUCAAAGAGUAUCUAUACUAACAGAUAAUAUUACCACUUCAACGCAGCUACCAAAAGCUGAAUUUGCAAGCAUUGGAAACUCCAGUUGUUCCACUGCAACCGAUGACUUUCAGGGGGAGGAAGGAUAUCUUCGGGAAACAACCCAGCCGCAAGAAGCGAGGUUUCUUCGCUCGACAUCCAAGAAGUACAUCAGUUUGAGAUGUAAAUUUGAAAGAGAAAUAUAUCAAACAUACUAUAGAUUUAGAUUGAUCAUAUGGGGUGUAGGUUUUCUCUUGAUUCUGGUAAAAACUGUAAACUAUAAGCUCAGAAAAUAUUAUAUGGAAAAGGAGAAAAUGGAACAACUGACAAGAAGGGUAGUAAUAAGAUUGAAGGAGGCGAAGAAGGAUAGUGCUGGGAAUGACGUUAUAUCUUUCUUGAGCACUGUUCAGUUAAGAGACGUUCUAUUGGCAGAUAUAACAGAUCUUAAUUACAAGAAUAUUUUAUGGCAAAAAGUUGUCAAAAGACUGGAACACAACAACACCAAUAUCAAAACAAAUUUAGUAGAAAUUCACGGAGAAAUUAUGAAGUGUUGGGAAUGGAUUGGUCCACUUAGCGAUAGCUCCGAUCGUGAAAAAUAG